AUGGCCACGACGGUCCCCACCUCUGCCGCCACGACGGCGGCCAACAAGGACAAGCAGAGCAAGGACCGCCGGCGCCAGUACCGCUCCUGCGACCGGUGUCGCUCGGGCAAGCGGGCCUGCGACGCAUCCUACACAUCGGUCGCAGAGGCCCUCGAGAACCGCGUGGCCUGCUCCAACUGCCGCAAAAAGGGCCGCACCUGCUCCUUUAGCUAUGUCCUCAGCAUCCUCGGCAUGCCCGGCGGCCUCCCUGCGCCCGCCAUGGCGGCGGCUGCCAGCAACAGCAACAGCAACAGCAGCGACAACGACGACGCAGCCAGCCUCGAGGCCGACGAGCUCGAGGCAGCUUCGGCUGUACCAGCGCCCGACACUGAUCGAGCCUACCCCGGAGCGGUGGCGAUCAAACGUGGUUCUCCGCCCCAGACCCAGGCCAGCCUGCCGGCCGCUCCAGUCAGAAGAGGGAGCAACUGGGAUGCCGGCGCAGCCCACCACCACCACCACCAGCACCCUCAACGUCCGCCGAACCGGCCUGUAGCCGUGCGCAGCCUGACCGGCUGGGACGCAGGCUGGGACAGAGUCCAGCACGACGUACUGCAGUGCCUUCAAGGCGUAUCGUUCCAGUCGACCUCGUCCCGGCUGACGUCGAACCUCGACCGGAUCUAUCUCAACGACGGGCUGAUUCGCGUCUACGAGGGCGCCGCCGAGCAGGCGCUGCGGUGCUGGGUGACGAGCUCCAAUACACCCUACACCCUCGACCGCCUGUCGCAGUCGUCGGGCAAGGACCAGGGCGCCAACAACCAGCUCGUCUACUGGCGCAUCUGCGAGCUGGACCGGGGCUCGCGCGCGCUGCUGGGCCGCGACAGCCCGUCCGAGGACCGCGAGAUCAUGGAGGCGUUCCACAGCGUCAUCCUCGCCUUUGCCGCGCAGUGGGCGCCCAACUGGAUCCAGACCAUGGCCGCCCAGACGGGCCAGGGGCCGCACGAGGGCGGAGCGGGACUCCGCGCCACCGAGAACCGGGUGCGCCUGGCGCUGUGGGAGCGGGCGCGCGAGAAGCUGCAGGCCGUCUCUGGCCUCGACUCGUUCCGCGUCAUCUUCUCGCUCAUCAUCUUUGCCUGGACCGAGAAGCCGCGCGAGGUCCAGGAGCGCGCCACGGGCCGCGUCGACAUCGACAUCGCCGACGAGAGCUGCGCCCUCGACACGAGCAGCUGGCAGUCGCCGGCCGAAGGCAGCACCUUGCUCCUCGUCGCCGCGCUGCGCAAGCUGCUCACGAUCCGAUUCAAGGUCGAGAGCAGGCGACGACGCGGGCUGCUGCCCUGGACACCCCUGACGGCCAAGAGCGGAAGGAACGCGGCGCCCGGCGUCGAGGCUUCGGGCGAGGGCAGCGACAUCCAACGGGGUCUCGAGGAGAAAAAGGAGAAUGGCGCCGCACAGGCCUCUGCUACCCCCUCGUCUUCGGCCGGCGCCGCCCCGGCCGCCAGGCAGAUCAGCGACGUCAAGCGCAUGGAGGAGACGUACCACAUGGUAUUCUGGCUCUCGAUUGUCAUCGACACCGAGACGGCGGUGCUGCGAAAGCACCCUCCCGUUGUCUCGGACGAGGACAGCGAGGUGCUGCGGUCCAUCCCCUAUGGCGGCAGCGACGACUUUGGCCAGGGCAGCAGCGCCUCUGACGGCGGCGUCAAGGGCAUCUGGGACGACUACAUCAUCGACUACAGCAAGAAGCGCACCGACGAGCUGGCCUGCAGCUGGCCGUGCGACGAGGCCAAGGCGUCGGCGACGCUCUCGUUUUCGACGCCCGUCAAGGUCGUCCUCUUCCGGCAGAUCAGCCGGCUGCAGAUGUCGUUCUGGAGGCGCGCCUCGAGCGAAAACGUCGAGCAGCACAUUGCCAGCGGCCUCAACAUUGUGCGCCACUGGAACGCCGUCUACGCCCCGCUGCUCGACAGCUGCCGCCGCCACCACGGCGCGCUGCCGCCCUCGAUCCAGUCGUGGUACGUGCUGAUCGCGUGCCCGUGGUACCUGGCCGUGCUCCUCUUUGUCGAGAUGGUGCAGACCAUCGACAUGGCGGGCGCCAGCGACGGCCGACGCCGUACCGAGCGCGCGCGGUCGGGCACCUUCCCGCGGCUGCGCGCCCAGGCGUGCUCCGACAUGGCCGCCAUGAUCGAGGCCAUCCAGGCCACCGACUUUUCGCACGGCGGCACCUUUGACUUUGUGCGCGACUCGGGCGGCACCGUGCUGCACACCGAGCCGUGGACCGAGAUCCUGGUGCACUCGGUCUCGGCGGUGGCCAAGACCGAGAUCCGGCUGCACGACGGCCUCUGCGCCCAGUUCCGCUGGAACGAGCUGCAGGACUCGCGCCACCGCGUGCAAAAGUGCCUCUGGGCCCUCGAGCAGCUCUCGGACCGCUCGCCCUCGGCCAGCCUCGCCUUUGAGCAACUCUCGGCCCUGGCGCACGCCCGCACCAAGCAGCAGUUCCACAUCGAACAGAUCCCCAUGGCCCGGCCCGUCAUGCCCGACCACGCCAUGGCAGCGGCGGCGACGGGCGGGCCAAUCGGCUCAUCCCUCGCCGAUGGCGGCGACGACAGCCUCACGCCCUCCAGCCUCGCCCAGGUGCUCGAAGGCUUCCAGGGCCAGGGGUUCGCACCGACGUCGGAAGACGACCGGUUCUCGACCGACCUGGCGACGCUCGACGACAGCGCCGGCUCGGCUGGCGACUUUUUGGAGCUCUUCAUGUCCAAGCAGCACCAGCACCCGCAUCAGCACCACCACCACCACCAGCCGGACAGUCCUGGAAGGCGUCAGAGCGGUGUCGGAGCCGGCGCCUGCGACGUCGAGGCGAGCUCGGACGUGUCGCGCUCGACGCUGGACUCGACAGCGGCCGCCGCCUCGCAUCUGUUCAACAGCAGCGACCGGCACCACGACAACACCGGCUGGCGAGCGGCAGACGCGUCGACGACGACGACGGCGACAUCCGCUCCUUACUCGUCGAGCGCGUCGAGUGGCAAGCGCCGAGCCGAGCCGAGCGCGUGGAUCGACGAGGAGCUGGCACCGGAAGAGCGACCGCGCAAGGUACCGCGGCGACACCUCUCGCCGACGCUCGACGUGCGCGCCGACCGCCAGUGCCGCUCCAAGGACGAAUGCGAGACGUUCUUCUCGCCGCCGCUGCAGGACCGGCCCGAGUACCGCGACGAGGCGCAGAUGGACGAGGAAGAGUUUUACGUCGACGGGCGCGCGGCCGAGAUGCUGGAACAUCAUCACCGCCGCUCGCGACAGCGUCAGCAGCAGGCGGCGUCGACGACGUCGUCGUCGUCGUCCUCGUACCAUGGCAGGAAGAGGCAGUCGCGCAAGGCGGCUGGGGUGGUCGACGGGUCUUUGGCAACGGAUGGGAUUGAGGCGGCGGCGCCGACGACGGGCGGCGCCGGCGCCGGCGGUGGUGGUGGCCAUGACGCAGGGGCGCACGCCUGGCUUGACGUGCCCGCCGCGACGGCGGUCGUGUCCGACUGCGACGUCGACUGGUCCUCGAUAUUUGCGAUGCCGAUGUAG